AUGGCGCAGCAUGCCUCUUCCCAGAAGUACACUGAGCGUGACGGGUUCGGUCAUUUGGAGUUGUGGAGUUGGAAGGCACAAGAAUGGUGGCAUUUGUACCAGACAGCGCGGGCUUUGAUCAAGCGCUGGAGGAUUCCUGCACAGCAAUGGCUGAGCAUGUUGAGUGGUUCCAAAAUCACCACGGAGGGAGUGCAGGUGUCACACAAUUGUGGUGUAUCAGUAGAUGUGAGCCGAGGAGUACUGGCAAAUGAUACCAAAGGCGGGUUCCAUCCAUAUCACUUGUUGACCUUGCCGAAAGAUGACAAAGUUUGGGAGAAGGAGGACUUUGUGCGUUGGAAACGUGAUUUUUGCUAUCUUGGAUAUGUCGUUGCCCUGUACAUCCGAGCUGGUUCUUUGGCAAGCGCGCAAACAAGCUCCACUUCCGAUGCUUCUGCCGACUUGAUGUUGGCCUCGCAGAUGCUGGGCUCCUGUCGGGAGAUGGAUUUCUUGGAUCGAGAAACUUGGGGAUUGCUCUCGCUCGACCUCGAUGUGAACCUCCUGAGGGUGGGCGUGACCGAUCCGCCCUUGCCCAGCAGUGGCGCGCGGCCACCGGAGAUGUCGAGGAGCUUCAGAGCAUGGCGAGGGAUGGCAGAGGAUCUCCCUUCCGAGUAUCAGAAUGCUCGUCAGAAUUUAUGGCAUGCUUUGUCGUUGUCGUCCCACUUUCGGCGAGCCGUGGAGAAGAAGGUGGCGCUGGGCUUUGCCACGGGUGCGCUGACCAGCUACGCCAACAGCCCUCGCCCAGUGGUGCGCGGCCGGCCAGUGGAGGUGGCACUCUUCGCUAUGCCUGUGUGGUAUGUGACGGAAUUUGUGGCAGGUCUACUGCUCUGGCGCUUCCCAGCCUUGGCGAUGCAGAUCUGGGCGGCGCCCCUGGGCGGCUACAACCUGCCCAGGUCCCAUGAGCUCCGGCCGCUGGUGGAGCCUUUCUUGUUGGAAGCACCGGAGUUGAGGCCUUUGGAGCUCAUUGACGGCUACUGCUGUGACUGGCAGCGAGUGACCUUCGAGGUGGUCAGGGGAGCUCUGAAGCAACUGGCGACACGGUUGAAGACUAGCUCAGUGCUGGUGUGUGGUGGGCCUUUGUGGGUUUGCUUGAUUUUGCACCAAGCGGAGCCCACGCUGCCCUUGCUGGCACACUGCCUGACCUUUCAGGAUUUGGAUUUGCCAUUGGAGUUCCCUGAGAAUGUUCGCUGGGUCCAUGAACAGGUGCUUCGCACUUUUGGGAAGUUUGGGAAUGGCAAGGCCUUCUUGAUCCAAGACGACAUGCAACGAGUCUACUACUCCAUGGCCUUUGAUUUUUCCAUGCAGAAUAACUUCACAUCCACUGGGCAGAUCUCCUUCUUUCAAAUGCCUUACAUUCAGGUCCGCUAUUCCCAGCGAAGGGCUCAGGAGCUUCUCUUUGUUCGGGAAGGUACCACGAAACGCUGGACCAAUUCUUUACGAGGUCACCUGUGGUACUUGAAGCUGCAACAACUGGUAGCAGACAACGAUGGCCGUCCUGGUAGUACCCUGCGCUGGCGAUUCCUCAAGGAUGAAGCUGCGCGGAUCCCAUACACGGAGAUUGCCGAACAUGCUGCAGCAGUCUUCUUCCCAGGAAUCGGGCAUGCAAAGCUGACCUUGCAUGAGCUGCGCACGAUGGGGAUGCCAACAUUCUUGCCCGCCAAGACUUUGAUGUACCGAGUAGAGGAGCUGAUCCUCGACCGGCGCCAGCCCUACAGCGGCAGUCAUGAUGGCUGUGGAGAGUCCACAGCUGUGCGCGUGACAGCACCCUGGGUCUUGGAGCUAUGUGGCUGGCGACGGCAUGCCUAUUUCAUGGAAUGGUCGAGCUUCUAUCGGUAUCCCUACUUCUUUCAUUUUGAAAGCAUCGGCCACUUGCUGCAGCUGGUGAACUCGAUGACGUUGCCAGAGCUCUGGGCGCUCAGUGUGCGCAUGCGGAAGCUCAAUGCGCGGCUGCGGGCGGAAGAGGUGCGGGUCAAGUCAGAAGGGGCAGGGUUUCAGGGCUUCAGCAAGGCCGCGGAGGGUCGGUGGGGCGAUGGUGAAGUUUUGGGGAGACCUCAUCCUGGCGCUCGCCUUAUGACUCUGGCUGACGGGAGCAGAGUCGGUAGCGGGCCCCCCAUCCGCUGCCCAUGUGCUUUGGACGGAGAUGAUGGAGCGUGCUGCUUACCUCUGUCGACACCACACGCGCGUGAACCAGAUGGCCCUCUCUCGAGGAUAUGUGCAUGCGAGAGGCUCGUCAUUGACCUCUCAGAGCUCUGCAGAGCAGCCAUCAGGCUUGGACAAAGCUUCCAGCCACGGACCAGUCGUUGCGGUACAGAGACCCACCAGGUCUGUCUUCUCCCGGAUCAGUGCGGUGGCGAUCAGCAUGUGGUCGCGGCCGGGAGACUCACAGCGCACGAAGAAGCGGUGGCGACGGUGGGCGGCCCCAAGGUGGGCGACCGUGGGAGAGGACUGUGGAUCCUGUUCUUGGUGAUUGCAUACGUCUCUGUCGACGUCUUGGUCUACUUCCGGGGCACCAUCGCCACGCCAGGCUAUCACAAAGAGACCCUGGUGAUUACAACGUCUACCGUUUCUAUCGCAAUUGGUGCCUUGUGUGCUUGGUGGACGGGACAUCGCAGGGCUCUCGGGCAGUGCUUUGCUCUAAAGAACGUGUUCAAUGGUUGGAUCUUUGCAAGCUCCGUGUGCUUCUCCCUCUCGAGCAUUAAUCUCUUGAACGCCUUCGACCACUUGGAUGGUGCAUUCAUCAAGUUGGUGUCACAGGUGAAACUUCCGGCGGCCGCCUUGGUCUCCACCUUCGUGCUGCGCAAACGGUACUCUUUGUCACAAUGGCUGACGAUGUUGAUCAUUUGCUGUGCCUGUGCUUGCUUUACCGCCUUGGCAGCAGAAGCCGCCGGCGAGGCUGUCGCUGGUCUCUCUGCUGGCUUGGGUAGAGUGUCAAUCAUGGUCCUUUGCAACGUUUUUGCCACCCUGUUCGCCGAAAGGGCUUUUAAGAAUCCCGAUGCCUUACCCUUCAUCGUGACGAUGACCAAUAUGAGGAUUGGCGAAGUCUUGUUUGCCGUGGCAUUCCUCGUCUUUGGGCACGGCAGUAGUGGACUGCUUCAAGACUUCUUCCUUCACUGGGAUGCGACCACACUUUGGGUGCUCGCCGGACACUUUGCGGAUAUUUGGAUGACCGCUUUCAUGGUGGUGCAGCUGUCCUCGGUCUCGAAAUAUGUGGCCAAGUGUAUCACCAUGGUCGUGUUGUUUGGCAUCAACAUUUGGAAAGGCUAUUGCUCCUGCAACUUGCAACAGGUCUUAGUGGCCGCGAUUGUGAUCCUCGCCACGUUGCAGUUCUCCAGCUUGGGCAGCGAAAGGACCCGGAAAGAACGGCUGGAAGGAUCAACGGCUGAGUCGCGGAGAAAGUGCAGCAGAGUCGUGGAGUUUCGGGCUGGUGUGCCCAGAGCCUAG